GAGGAGAAGCCCCCAGAGCCGGAGCCGCGGCGGAUUCGGUGGCCGUGGAAGCCCCGCCCGCUCCCGGAGCCGGGGGCCGUCCUACCCCCCUCGCCUUCCACCCCCUCGGCUCCAGCCGCUCCGCAGAAGGAGCUGGGCUGGCUGGCGCGCUCCCUCGCUCCCACUCCCUGUCUCUCUCUCCCUCUCUCCCAAACACACGCACCAGGCUCUCCCUCGCUCGCCCAUGCAGACAGCAGCCGGAGCGGCGGAAGAUGGCUGACUCCACAGGGCAUCACCCACCCUCCAGCCCGCCUGCAUCCCCGACCCUCCCCGCGCCGCUCUCGCCUCCGACCCUCCCUCACGCCAGCUUCCACCGCUGAGCCAGCGACCCCCGCCCAGCCCCGCCGCCCUCCCCACUUCUGCUUCCCAGCCCCCCCACGACACCAGCAGCCAUUUCAUCUCCACCAGCCAGACACAAAAAAUGGCAGAAAUGGAGAAAGAAGGGAGACCUCCCGAAAAUAAAAGAAGCAGGAAGCCGGCUCACCCGGUGAAAAGGGAAAUCAACGAGGAGAUGAAGAACUUUGCAGAAAACACUAUGAAUGAGCUCCUUGGCUGGUAUGGUUAUGAUAAGGUUGAACUGAAAGAUGGAGAAGAUAUUGAAUUCAGGAACUACUCUGCAGAUGGGGAGAGCCGGCAGCACAUUUCUGUUCUCAAAGAAAAUUCUUUGCCAAAACCAAAAUUACCUGAGGACAGUGUUAUUUCACCAUACAAUAUAAACACAAGCUAUCCAGGGCUUGCCACAGGAAAUGGACUUUCAGACUCACCAGCAGGGUCAAAGGAUCAUGGGAAUGUACCCAUUAUUGUACCAUUAAUUCCACCACCUUUCAUAAAGCCACCAGCAGAAGAUGAUGUGUCAAAUGUACAAAUAAUGUGUGCCUGGUGCCAGAAAGUGGGAAUCAAGCGCUAUUCCCUGAGUAUGGGAAGUGAAGUGAAAUGCUUCUGCAGUGAGAAGUGCUUUGCAGCUUGCCGAAGAGCAUACUUCAAGAGAAACAAGGCUAGAGAUGAAGAUGGACAUGCUGAAAAUUUUCCCCAGCAGCACUAUGCUAAGGAAACUCCAAGGCUUGCCUUCAAGAAUAACUGCGAACUACUUGUAUGUGACUGGUGUAAGCACAUAAGACACACAAAAGAGUAUCUGGAUUUUGGGGACGGGGAACGAAGGCUUCAGUUCUGCAGUGCAAAAUGUCUCAAUCAGUACAAAAUGGACAUUUUCUACAAAGAGACACAGGCCAAUCUUCCAGCUGGACUGUGCAGCACAUUACAUCCUCCAGUCGAAAAUAAAGCAGAAGGUACUGGGGUACAGCUGCUGACUCCAGAUUCUUGGAAUAUACCGCUAGCAGAUGCUCGGAGAAAGGCCCCAUCCCCAGUGUCUGCAGCUGGCCAAAUUCAAGGCCCUGGACCAUCAGCGUCUACCACUGCCUCUCCAUCUGACACUGCCAACUGCUCUGUCACUAAAAUCCCCACGCCAGUUCCCAAACCUAUUCCCAUGAAUGAGAAUCCAAAUAUUCCACCAGUUUCUGUUCAGCCACCUGCUAGCAUUGUGCCUCCAAUUGGUGUCCCACCUCGAAGUCCUCCCAUGGUGAUGACAAACCGGGGGCCAGUUCCUCUGCCCAUAUUCAUGGAACAGCAAAUUAUGCAGCAAAUCCGUCCACCAUUUAUUCGAGGGCCACCUCAUCAUGCCUCGAAUCCUAAUAGCCCUUUGUCCAAUCCAAUGAUUCCUGGAAUUGGUCCGCCACCAGGUGGUCCCAGAAAUAUAGGUCCCACCUCCAGCCCCAUGCACAGGCCAAUGCUAUCACCUCAUAUUCAUCCCCCAACAACACCUACCAUGCCUGGCAAUCCCCCAGGGUUACUACCGCCUCCCCCUCCCGGAGCUCCUUUACCUAGCCUUCCCUUUCCCCCUGUCAGCAUGAUGCCAAAUGGUCCUAUGCCUAUGCCACAGAUGAUGAACUUUGGAUUGCCAUCUCUUGCCCCACUGGUGCCACCCCCAACCCUCUUAGUGCCAUAUCCUGUCAUUGUUCCUUUGCCUGUACCUAUCCCUAUUCCAAUUCCCAUCCCUCACAUCAAUGAUUCCAAGCCCCCCAAUGGCUUCUCCAGCAAUGGUGAAAACUUCAUUCCAAGUACCUCCAGUGAUGCAGCCGGGGCAAAGCCAACAAAUAAUUCUACGUCCCCUAGAGAUUCAAAGCAAGGGCCUUCUAAAUCCUCCGACUCGUCACCUAGCUGUUCGGGCCAGUCCUUAAAUCAAGCUCAAGUGGUUCAGGAGCAUAGUAGAAAUGAAGUUGUUGAUUUGACUGUGAGACCUAGUAGUCCAAUGAACAAUAAAUUUAGUUUUUCCAGUGUACUACAGGGUCCACAGGAUGGUGUGAUAGACCUAACUGUAGGGCACAGGUCUAGGCUACACAAUGUUAUCCACAGGGCUUUACAUGCUCAAGUUAAAGUUGAACGUGAACCUAACAGUGUUGUAAAUUUGGCUUUGAGUAGCUCAGAUAAAAGGAACUGCAGCAACUGCAGGGACAAUUGCAGCCCAAUUGAAACAAAAAUGUUACCUUGCAGCCACCCAGCUCACUGUGGUCCUGUCUCACUGGCCUCUGGCACUUCAGGACUAGAAACUAGUGCAGCAGUUUGCAAUGUCAUUGUGAAUGGCACAAAGAGCACAGAGGGUUCUAAGAACUCAGAACAAUCCCCAGAGCAGAAAAAGCCUCAACCUCAAGAAGAGCCAGCAGUGAGUGAGUUGGAAUCUGUUAAGGAGAACAACUGUGCAUCAAACUGCCACCUAGAAGGAGAGGCUGGCAAGAAGAUGGGGGAAGAGCCCCUCACUGGGGGAGACAAGCAAGACCCCAACCUUAACAACCCUGCAGAUGAGGACCAUGCAUAUGCUUUGCGGAUGCUGCCCAAGACAGGUUGUGUGAUCCAGCCUGUGCCAAAACCAGCAGAAAAGACUGCUAUGGCACCAUGUAUAAUCUCAACGCCAAUACUCAGCACAGGGCCAGAGGAUCUGGAGCCACCAUUGAAAAGGAGGUGUCUCCGAAUUCGAAAUCAGAAUAAGUAAAGGUUUGUGUAACCACUACUGCCUUCUGUGUGAAUAGAAUGAAUAUCAGUGUUUUCAGGAAUGCUCACUGACAGGGUACCUUGCAUGGAGAAAGGGAGCAGAGCAAACC